GCGGGCGGAGCGCCCGGCCGCUCGCCCGCCGAUGAUCGACUUCGACGAGCUCGACGAGCUGGAGCAGCGCGCGGAGGCCGCGGCGGAGGCCGCGGCCGAGGCCCGGCCGCCCGCCGACCCGGCCGAGUGGCAGGCCAGGUUGCAGGCGGCCCUGGCGGCGGACGGGGCCCAGACGACGCUGAAGGCGGCGGCGCCCUGGCUGAGCUCGGUGGGCAAGGCCCCCGCGACGGCGCGGGUGAGGCUGCCCGCAGCAGGCAUCCACGCACCGCCACGCGGCCUGGCCAGGGCCACCCGUGGGCCCCAGGACAGUGCUUUCGCAGAGGGACCGGACACACCUCACAACCAUGACAGGGGCUGGCGCACGCUUGUCGCGCCGUGGCCACGGUGGCGGUUCCCGACCGUGUUCUUUGGCUUUAGCUUCGGGGCCGUGCUGGCGUACGAGGUCGCCGCGCUCUGCUCGGGGCGGGGCGACCCGCCGCUGGGUCUCGUCGUCGCUUCCGCUGAGCACCCUGCUUGGCCUGGCCGGUCCGCGGGCUCUGGGCCCAGCGGCGGCGCCACCAAGGAUCUCGAUGGCGCCGCGUUCGAGCGCGUGCUGCGCGAGAAGGGCGGCACGGAUGUCAUCCUGAGCAACCCAGACAUGAAGAAGAUGUAUGUGCCGGUCAUCCGCGCCGAUAUGGUCAUGGAGGAGGCUUACGGAGCCGCGCCCCCGCAGCAUGAGCCGCUGGGGUGCCCGGUGAUGGCCUUCCGCGGCGAGUGGUGCCCCCAGGUCAGCCGCGAGGACACGGACCCGUGGCUGUGGCUCACGGCUUGCUGGGGCGAAGGUCUGCCCACGUGGGUGGAGGAGCUGACCUCCGGGCUAAGCCCCACCGACUCGGCGCCAUGGUUGUCGGACUGGUAUCUGUGCCAGGGGGAGGGCUCCGCCAAGGCCAUGGCGCACAGGAUCGCCGAGGUGUUUGGCGGUAAGAGUUGA